AUGUGGUGCGCGCGGGAGUUCUCAAAGAACCGCAAGUGCAAUUGGUCGUCGGGGAAAGUGUGGUCCUCAGCAUUCCUCUACAGCGCCACGCUUGGCGGGUUUGGUGCUGAUCGGUUCUACCUGGGCGACAUUGGAUAUGGGGUGUUCAAGCUGCUGUCGUUUGGCGGGCUCGCUGUCUGGUCAAUGGUUGAUGCCAUCCUCGUCGCCGUCGGCUUCCUCCACCCAGAGGGACACUGGGUCCUCGCAUGA